GGGUUUCGUAAGCCGCCCGUGCCUUCUGAGGUCUAGGGAAGCGGACUGGCCGCAAAACGAUGCCUGAAUGUGAGGGAGAACAAAAAGAAAGCUGCUUAGGUGUAGAAGAUGAAGAGAAGCUUCCAAAUCUCCUUACAAGGUGUGCUAAUUGGAGCUUGUUCCCAUCGCUGGGAUGGCUCCCUGGGUUCCUUUAGGUACGAUGGCUCGUGUCUUUGUGUAUGGCACGCUUAAGAAGGGCCAGCCCAACUACAAGCACAUGAUAAACACUGCCAAGGGGAUAGCAAAAUACCAAGGAAGGGGCCGCACCGUGGAGAAGUACCCUCUGGUGAUCGCAGGGAAAUACAACAUCCCUUUCAUGCUGAACAUCCCGGGCACGGGGCACCACGUGGCCGGGGAGAUUUACACUGUGGACGACCAGAUGCUGCAGUUCCUCGACGAAUUCGAAGGCUGCCCAGACAUGUACCAGCGCACGACGAUGAGAAUCGAGGUGGUGGAGUGGGAAGGGAAAAGCAGCGCGACCGGGAGCAGCGUGAUGGAGUGCUUUGUGUACAGCACGACCACCUACCAGCCCGAGUGGGUCCAGCUGCCCUACCAUGACAAUUACGAUUCCUCCGGGACUCACGGCCUCUCCUACGUGCUACGUGAGAGCAGGGAUUAAGCCAGCGUAGCCCUGCCGAAGACGCAGUAGCGUGGUAGCCCUUCCAGGAAACCCGUAAUGCCCUUGUAUUAAAACCCGAGAUCUCUCGUAACCUCCCAAACCUGGGCACGUUGGCUCUAGCGUGUUGUAGGCCUGGAGGCUGGCACGCAGCCCCGGCUAGGCACAGCCUGCUGCCCCCACUAACCCAGCCUAACUGGUUUCGCAUGACGCCUGAAACAAGCGUAUCUGUCUGUGCGCACCCCUUUGGGGGUUUGGGUUUUAUCCUCCACCACCCCCAGCCUUGCCUCAAGUGCAGGGCUGAGGUGAGUGAAAAGGCAGAUGAACACACUAAUUUUUUUUCUUACCAGAACUGAUAAAUUUAUCACGUGUGUUCUCCAAGGCGGGCGGAAUAAUGACGCUAUUGCACUAAUAGCUAAAACUGAUUUUUAAAAAUUGUAUCUGCAAACCAAGUAAAACACACCUCACAUUUAAUAUUGCUUUGUGUUUGGUAGGCUACUGAAUGUAAACAAACUGGGCAAACAACUGUGUCUUGGGGGAGAAAUGACCAUACAGAUAGCCUGCACUUCAAGGAAAAUCUGAAAUUGAUGUAGAAAUAGAGGGGAGAGAAUUUAACGAUGACUAUUCAUACUCUGUGAUGCCAUGUUUUUCUGAACUGGAGAUGAUUAUUUUUAAAACGUGUUUAGUUUUAUGAGAAGAGAUAUUAAAGAAAUAUUAAAUAU